AUGGCAGUCUCUAUCAGCAGGGCCACAUCUGCUGAUGCAUCGACUUUAAUGUCUAUGAUCAGGGAGCUGGCAGAGUUUGAGAAAAUGCUGACAGCGGUCAACAUAGACGAUACUCGCUUAGCUGCCGAUAUAGACAAGAACUCAGUAGGUGGCUUUAUAUUGCGAGAAGACGAUGAACCAGCAGCGAUGCUGUUGUUUUACUUUGCCUACUCGACUUGGGAAGGACAAUACAUUCAUAUGGAAGACUUGUAUGUACGACCAGCAUUUCGACGAAAAGGUUACGGGCAAAUGUUAUGGAGAGAACUGGGCAUCCUAGCUAAAGAGUUGGGACUCACAAGGUUAGUUGACUUUGCUAUGCCAAUUCUCCUUCGUUAA